GUUUUCCAAGUUUUACUUUUGUAAUAUUCUCACCAUUUAAAAUUUAUUGAUCAUAAUUAAGCUUUUUCUCUUUGCCUUAUUUUAAAAGGAAGAUACAAUUUUAAAAAUAUGUCGAAUAUAGAAGGUACAAGUGAUUUUAAUGAUCCGAACGAAUUUUCCAAUAUUAACUCAAAAUUAGAUGAGGAAAUGGGGACAAAUAACCAAUCAAUUAUAAAAUUAAUCAAUAUUCUCGAAAAGAAAGAUAACGAAUUAAAAUCUUUAGCAGACGAAAAUAAUGAUUUAAAGAAGGAAUUGAAAUCGUUCAAUUCACAGCUCUCAGCUUUGACCAUUGAACUGUAUCAACUGGCUGGGAAUGAGGACGGAUUAAGUCAUAUCAAAGGUCAUAAUGAGAUCGCAAAAAGUCAUUCAUUUAAAAAAAACGGUUAUACUUCAAAGAUAUUUGAAUGCUUUUCAAAUAUAGCAGAAAGGUAUGAAAAGAAGCUUGAAGAAAAGGAUGAUUUUAUAAGAACUAUUGAAAAUGAAAAUUUACGCUAUAAAGUAAAGAUUAUUGAAUUUACAAAAAAACUUCAAAGAAUAUGUCAAAUAAAUAAAGCUACAACAGAGCUUGUUACACCAAUUAAAACUCGUCAACAAGUUAAAUCGCAAUUAUACAAUUUACUAUCAGAAGUGAAUAUAACAGCUACGUCUAGAUCUAGUUUAUUAAAUCAAUCGUCUUCUAUAGAAACUGAAGAAGACGGUAUUAGUAGAGAUAUGUUGGGAGAUGAUUCAUUAUCAGAUUAUUCAUUCGAAUGUCAAAUGUGUUCUAAAAGAUUUCUUAUGAUCGAUUCCCUUCAGAAGCAUUACUUACAAUGUAACGGAGUAAUUGGUCAAUCGCAAAGGUUAGACUAUAGCCAAUAUAAUUCAUUGGACACAACUUGA